AUGGAUGAUUUUGAAAUGAAUAUUUUGAUUGAAAAUAAGCUAGAAGAAGAAAAGGCCUUUUAUAAUUUUCCUUUUAAAUAUUUACAUUUAUUAGUAUGUGCAUAUAGAAAUUAUUAUUUCAAUAUUUAUUUAAAAAAAAUAGCAAAGUUUAACGAAAAUGAAGAUUUUGCAGUUAAUGAAUUAAAAGAUGGAAUUGAAGGACAAGUAGUUUUAUCUUUGAAUUCAUCAAGAAGCCAGUAUAAUUAUAAAAAAAAAAAAAAGCAGAAAACUUAUUCCACUUUAGAUAAUGUAAGUAAUAAUUUAAAUAUAAAUGAAAAAAGGAAAAACAUAUAUCGAUUAUAUAAUAAUACAAAAAAUUGUGAAAACACUAAAAAUACAUAUCUCUCUAGCCCAUUUUCAAAAAAUUCUAAAAAGAGUAAUUUAAAUAAAAAUGAAAAUAUCAUGUAUAAUGAACAUGCGCAGACUAAUACAAAUAAUUAUUCUGAACAGGAAAUAUUAAAAAUGAUUUUUUAUUUUAUGUAUAAUUAUAUAUUUAAGAAAAAAAAAAAUAAUAAAUAUGAAAUUAAAAAGAAAAAUAACAUGAACACUGAACUAGAAGAAAAUGGAAAUAUUUCUAUUGAUAAUAACAUUUGUUCUCAAGAAAAUGAAAAAAAUAAUAUUUUUCAAAAUAAUGAUGAUAAACAAAUGAAUUUAGAGAAUAUAGAAAAUAGUACUUUGAAUGAAUGUGUAAUGGAAAAAAGUAUACAUAUUAAUGAAGAAAAUAAAGAGAAUGAAUUAUCAAAUGAAGAAAAGCCCGUAGAUUUAAUUUUGGAAGUAGCAGCAAAAGGAAUAAGUAAGGAAACAGCUAUAUGUGAUGAUAGAAAUAAAGAAGAUAUGACUUUAAAAGAAAUAAAAGAUAACGUUAAUGACAAUAUAUUAAAAAAUAGCAUGGUUACUGAUAUAUCAGAUGAAAAAAAAAAGACAAAUGGAAUUGAUGUUUUUUUUAAUAAUGACACAGUAGUUGAAAAUGGUAAUAAUGAUGCUAAUUCGUCGCUUUUUUCAAGGGAAAAAUGUUUAACUAAAUUUUCUCAAGAAAUAGAUAAUAAAGAAGAAUUAACAGAAAUUGGUGACGAAAAUUCUUUAAAAAGUAAAAAGGCAAUAGUUGAUAAAAAACUCCAAGAAAAUGAGAAAAUAAAAGAUAAAUAUGAAGAAAAAAAGGAAAAUUUUUUUUUAAAUAAAAGUAAAAAUGAUUUUUUAAAUGAAGAGAAUAAAGAAUAUAGUGAUUUUUCACAAGAUUAUAUAGAGGACGAAAAAAACAGGAUUUUACAAAUAAUUGAAACCUAUUUGCAUAAGAAGCAAAUGUUUUUUACUAUGAAUGAUGUUUUUUAUCCAUUUACAAGUAAAAAUUUUAAUUUAUAUAAAAAAAAAAAUCAAAAUAAAAAAUUAAAAAAAAAUUACGCGUCUAAUAAAUCAACUGAUUUAAUGGAUUCAUAUAAUUUUUCUCCUUCAAAAAAAUAUAUGAAAAACAAAUUAUUUUUUUGUAAGUUAAAAAAAGGAUUAAAUUUAUUAUUAAAACAUGAGAAAAAAAGAAAAAAAAAAAAUACUUCGCCAACUAAAAGUAGCAAAAAUUUGAAAAAAGAUGAGAAUGAAGAACAAAUAGAAGAAAAUGACUCAAAUUUUACAAAAAAUAGUAAUAAAAAAAAGAAUGAUAACAAUUUGUUAAAUAAUGAUUUUAAUGAGGAAUUAGUAAGUAAAACAUAUGGUAAGAUAAAUGAAGAAGGUUCUAAUUUAUACUUCAAAAUUGUUAAUGAAAAAUUAAAUAACACGAAGUAUAUUGAAAACAAUACGUUACAAAGAAAUUUAUUGACAGUUAUAGAUAAUAAUGAAAUGGAUGUAUAUAACAACAAUACACCUAAUUUACAAAAUAAAAUAGCAGAAAAAAACGAAAUUAGAAAAAAAUAUGAAUCAAAUAUGAAAUUUUAUAAUAUGAAUAAUAACUCAUUUAUUGAAGAAAUAACAGGAAACGGAGAUAAUAAUGGUAAUAAUAAUAAAGAUAUUCUUUAUAGAAUAAAGAAUUAUCCUUUUUAUUAUAAAAGUAAAGUAGAUGAAUUUAAAAAUAUUUAUGAAAAUCAUUUAAAUAAAAAUGAUUAUUAUCAUAAUUUAAAAGAAGAAAAGAAUAAAAAUUAUUUAUUGCGCAAUAGUGAAAACAAUAAUAAAAAUAGUUUAGCACAUAUACCAAAUUCUUAUUUAAAUAAUAAUGCUAUUAUGAGAAAUGAUAACUCAUAUAAUAGUAAAUUAAGUAAAAAUAUAAAUGUAUCUAUUGUCGAUAACAGUGGUAAUAUUAAUAAAGAAAAAAUGGAGAAAAGCAAUUAUUAUUACGCAAACACUGUACCUAAAGAAUUAGUUACCAAUAAUAUGUUUUCAUCUUAUAUAAAUUCAAACAAUAAUUUGAAUAAUAAUUAUGAAAUAAAUGAAAUUUAUCAAUUAAAUAACAAAAAUAUGCAACCCCUUAGAAACAACGAUGAAGUGUUUAACAAAGAAGAUGGUUUUCAUAAUUCUUAUAACAAAAAUGAUAUGAGUAAUAUUUCAUAUUUUAAUGGUGGGAAUAAUAAAAAAAUGAAUAUAUACCAUAAUAAGAACAUUUUAUUAAAAAAUAAUAUUUCAUUAAAUCCUGAUGGUAGUAUAUCUAAUAAUUUAUUAAAUACAGAAAAUAUAAAAAAUAAUAAGUAUAUAAAUAGUGGUAUUCCUUUUGAAUUUCAUGAUAACAAUUAUUAUACUAUGAUUAAUUCUAAUUCUCAAAUAUUAAGAAAAAAUAUGAAAAAUUAUAAAAAGUUGAAUUCAUUAAGUAAUAUUAGUAGUAAUAAUUAUAACAGUAACAGUAAUAGCAAUAAUAAUAGUAAGAGUAAUAAUAAUACUGCUAAUAAUAAUAGUAAUAGUAGUAACAUUAGCAAUAAUAAAAGCAACAGUAAUAAUAACGGUAACAAUAAUAAUAAUAACAAUAAUAAUAGCAUUAAUAGCAAUACUAAUAACAAUAGUAGUAGUAACAACAGUAAUAGUAAUAAUAAUGAUUUUAAUAUGAGAAAAAAUAAAAUACCCAUUGAAAAUUACUACAAUCUACACCAAUAUAGUUGUAACAACGAUAUAAACUCAUCAAAUUCAGAAAAACCUUUAAAUAAUGGUAUUUUAGUAAGUAACAUGAAUAACUUAGACUAUAAUAUAAAUGAUAUAAAUGAAAAGAAAAGAAUAAUACAAAUGAAUGGAGUUGGUAUGAGGGAUUUAAAUGAUAAUAAUAAAAUAAAUUAUUAUAGCAUAAAUAAAAUUAGAGAAAUUAACAAAAAUGAUAUAUUUUUAUAUAAUAAUACAAAUAAUACGACUAAUGAUAACAGCGUUAAUAUUUAUAAUAAUAAUAGUAAAAAUAUAUAUUUAAAUGAGUCAUAUUAUAAUUCAAAUUAUAAAUUGAAUAAUAAUGCAUAUGAGAUAGAAAAUAAUAAAAGAAUGAGUAGUCAAAUACAGAAUUUGCAUUGUAGAGAUGGUUCAUAUAUGAGAUAUGAAGAAGAAAUGAAGCAAAAUCUAUUAAAAAUUGAAAAUAAAAAUAUUUGCGAUUUAAAUAAUUAUUUGAUGAAUUGUGAAGAAAUUGAUAACAAAAACAUACCUAAUAUUAUGAGCAAUAAAGAAGUAAAGCCGUUACAGUAUAAAAAGGCAAAGAAAUUGAGUAAUGAAGAAAAUAGGGCAGUAAAUAAUAAAAUUAUAAAUGGUAAUUUGAAAACUAGAAACGAUAAUAACAAAAAAAAUAACAGGACAAAAUAUAAAAAUGAGAACAAGAAAUUAUUUAAUCAAAAUAUCAUGCAUAAAAGUUGUAAUAAUUUUCAUUCUAAUUAUAAUUCUAAUGAUAAAAAUAACAAUAACAACAAUAACAAUGAUAAUAACGAUGAUAAUAUUAGCAGUUAUAUGAAUAAUUAUAACAGUUAUAAUGGUAGUAAUAACAACAGCAGUAAUAAUAUCAUUGAUAAUAAUAAUGUUAAUAAUAAUACCAGCAAUGAAGAUAAUAGGAAUUGUAGUGGAAAAAGUAUUAAUAAUAUUAAAGAUAAGAUAAUUUUAGAAUGUAAUAAUAGUAAUAAUAUGGGAGAUAAUAAUAGUAAUAGAAAUAUUAUAGAAUACAAUAAUAAUAGUAAUAAUUGUAAUAUUAAUCAGGAAAAUAACAAUAAUGAAGAUAAUAGAAAUAAUAAUAAUAAUAGUAAUAAUUGUAAUAUUAAUCAGGAAAAUAACAAUAAUGAAGAUAAUAAUAAUAAUAAUAAUAAUAAUAAUAAUAAUAAUAAUAAUAAUAAUAAUAAUAAUAAUAAUAAUAAUAAUAAUAAUAAUAGUAAUAACAAUAAUAAUAAUAAUGAUAAUAAUUAUAAUAAUGAUAAUAAUUAUAAUAGUGAUAAUAAUAAUAAUAAUAAUAAUGAUACUAAUAAUUUAAUUGAGAAUUCAAGAAAUUCUUUCCAUCAAAAUAUAUCUCAUUCAAAUGGAAUGAACUUGAUAAAUGAUAGUUCAAUUAAUUACAACGAAAUAAAUAUGAUAAACAAUCCUAAUAGCUUAAGAAGCUAUUCUAUUGAAAAUAUACAAAAAAAUAAAAAAGAGAUUAAUAUUAAAAUAAGUAAUAAUAAUAUUAAUGAUAAUAAUAAUGUAAGUAAUAAUGAUAAUAAAAGUAUUAGCAAUAAUAAUAAUACUAGUACUACUACAACUACUACUACUAUUAAUAGUAAUAGCAAUAACAAUAAUACUGCUAUUAAUAACAUUAAUACUAAUGAUAAUAAUGAUAAUAGUGUUAAUAAUAAUAGCAAUAAUAAUAAUAAUGAUAAUAGCAUUAAUAAUAACAUAAACAUUGAUAGAAAUCAUAGUCAUAAUAAUAAUCAUAAUAAUAACAAUAAUGGUAAUAAUAAAUUAUCUACAGUAAUUAAUGAAUGGGGUAAUUAUAAUGAAUCUUAUGAUACAUUUAAUAAAAACGGUUCAUCUUUAAUUAUGAUGAAUUGUGAUGAUAAAGAAAAUUUUAGUUUAAAGAGGAGGAAAACAUAUAUUUUAACAGAAAACGGCAACAAUAAUAAUAAUAGUAAUAAAAAGUUAAAAAAGAAAAAAAUACAGAAUGAAGAAAAAUCUUUCUGUGCAUCGAAUGAACAAGUAAUAAAUAAAAAAGUGAAAAAUAAUAUAUAUGACAAGUCUUUGAAAAGUUCUUUAAAUAAAAUAGAUAAUACACAUUUUAGCAAAAGUAAUUCUAUUAAAAAUAAAAAUCAUGGGGAUAAUGAAAUAGAUGAUUAUAAUAACAAAAGUUGUAAUUUAAGUUAUAUUUCAUGUAGUAAUAAUAUCAAUAGUUAUCAAGAUAAUAUUUAUUUAGGAGAAAAAGUAGGUAAUACUUACAUGAAUGAAAUGAUUUUGGAUAAUAAAAGUGAAAUAGAAUCAAAUAUGAACAUAGAUACAAAUAAUUUUAUUGAUAAUAAUAAUAAUGGCAUUUUAAAAAAAGAUUCAAAAAUUUAUAAUAUUAAAGAUGAUAGAAAUGAUAUUAAUAUUCAUAGCAUUGCACCAAUUAAUAUUGCUAUGAAAGGAGAUAAUAGAAACAUAAAAGAAAAUAUUUUAACGCAAAUGAAUAGUACUAAUUAUAGUUUAAUGAGUGAUAAUAUUUUGGAAAAUAAUAUGAAUACCGAUUUAAAUAAAAAUAUUUUUGAUUCUAAUACUAAUAAUAGUGAUUAUAAGAAUUUAAUGACAGGAAAUGAUGAAGAAAAAAUGAUAAAAAAUAAAUUUCAUUUACAAGAAAAAAAAAAUUAUUUUGAUUUUAAUAACAAUAGCAAUAAAAAUUAUGAUUUAAGAGAAAAUUUUGAGAAAAUAGAAGAGGAUCAAGAGAAUGAUUUCAGUAUGAAAAAUGUGAAGUAUAUGAAAAAUUCCAAAAAAAAAAUGACUAAUCCUAAGUAUUCCAACAAAGAUAUAUAUAAUAAAUCACUAGAAAAGAUGGAAGAAAUAGAAAAAAGAAACAACAAAAAUAAAUUAAAAAGUAUUAUAGCAUCAGCUUACGGUGAAGUUAAUUCUUAUCAAGCAAAUAAAACUAACAUAAUAAAUUUAGUAGAUGGAAAAAAUGAGAAAAAUGUUGGUAAUAAAGAAAUUAUCAGUGAAACAAAAAUUAGAAAGAAAAAGGGAAGAAAACCAAAAAAUGCACUUUUGCAAACAGAUAAAAGUAAUUCCAAAGAAGCAAAUCUACAUAAUAAAGCAUAUGAUAAUAAAUUUAAUAUAAAUAAGGAAAUAGAAAAAUCGAAAGCAUCUGAUACUAGAAGAAAAUCAAAAAUAGGAAAAAAAUCUUCAGAAGUAAAAUACGGUGUAGAAAAGGUAGAAACUGGAGCUUAUAAUGAGAAUGGGGAAAAAGUUUCAGGAGUUUGGUAUGAUACAAAUAGAAGAUUAUGGAGGGUUAUGUAUAUGGAAAAUGACAAAAGAAAGACAAGAGGAUUUUCUCCUCGUAUAUAUGGUUUUAAUGUAGCAAGAGAAUUAGCUGUUCAAUUGAAAUAUGAAAUGAAUAAGAAAAAUAAAAAAUGA